AUGGCAGGCUCCGUGUCUAUAGCUCCACAGGCAGGACAGAUGGGCAACGGCGAGCCCGAAAGCCCCAAGUCAUCUAAAUGGUUAGACAUCUACAGCCAUGCAUGGUUCCAGGUGCUACUGAUCAGUUUUAUCUGCUUUUGUUGCCCAGGUAUGUACAAUGCUCUCACAGGGCUCGGAGGGUCCGGCCAGGUAGACGCAACUGUUGCUGCCAAUGCAAAUGUUGCACUGCUCUCCGCCACGGCAGCUACGGCACUCUUCGUUGUUGGACCGAUAUUCUCAAUUAUUGGUCCUCGAGCCUGCUGGUUAGUUGGUGGGUGGACAUACGCCCUAUACAGCGCGAGUCUGUUGAACUUUAACAUACGACACAACGGUUCAUUUGUGAUUGCUGCUGGAGCCAUUCUUGGUGUUGGUGCCUCGUUUCUAUGGGUCACUCAAGGGGCCAUCAUGACCACCUAUGUCCCUGAGUCGCAAAAGGGCCGAGCCAUUGCUGUUUUUUGGAUAAUCUUUAACCUCGGUGGCAUGAUUGGUUCUCUGGCCAGUUUUGGGAUAAACUUCAAUUCCAAAGAAGGCUCGGUAUCGAAUAGCACGUAUAUUGCAACAAUGGUAAUUAUGAUAUUUGGAUGGGUUAUUGGUGUCUUCAUCUGUCCCCCAUCCCGCAUCAAGUUACUACAGCUGCAUGAAGCGGAAACCAGCGUCGUUCAUCAGUCAAUAGGGAAGAGGCUAGCGAGCAUAUUUCACUCUCUCCUGCAGAUCCGAGUACUAUGCGUUCUCCCAUUGUUCUUCUGUGCCAACGUAUUCUACUCAUACCAACAGAACAAUGUCAACGGAACUACGUUCAACAUCCGCACUCGAUCACUUAACUCAGCUAUAUAUUGGAUGGCACAGAUGUUCGGUGGUUUGUUAAUGGGCUAUCUUCUUGAUUUUGCCUACUUCAACCGCCGGCAGCGCGCAUGGCUUGGCUGGGCUACACUUAUGGUCACCGGUAUGGCGAUCUGGGGCGGUGGACUCGCCUUUCAGCGCUGGGAAGAUGACCGGCUUGCCCACGGCUUGAAGCAGGAUAUCGACUAUGCCCGUGAUGCCAAAAUUGCUACAGGUCCUAUAUGGUUGUAUUUCUUCUACGGGGCAUAUGAUGCCUUGUGGCAGGGAUACUGCUAUUGGUUAAUCGGUACGAUGUCGAACUCUGCGGCUGUGGCAGCUGUGUUGGUGGGUGCGUAUAAAACAUUUCAGGCCGCCGGAGGUGCAAUGGCUUGGAGAGUCAAUGCCCUUGGCGCUGCUCCGUUGACUCAGUUUGCGAUGGAUUGGGGUCUGUGUAUUGGGGCUUUGGUGCUGGCCAUUCCAACCGUUUGGAUGGUUACGUUGACUAGCGUUGAUGAUGAGGUUACAAUGGCAGAGGAGAAGAAAGUAGACGAAGGUGAUGAUAAAUAG